UUGCGCUGUGCCUCAAGUCUGAAGAUUUCAUUCCCUUUCAGAAUUGUAAACAGCAGUUGUAACACACUUAAUGUUUAUCCAUCACUCGGAAUAAAUGAGACGUUGGCUAAGGAAUUGAGGAUUUAUACAGCAGCGAUGCCCUGUGUUCAAACUCAGUAUGGAACUGUGCCCUACGACAACAACUACUACAGCUCUGAGUUCCUGAACCCUGAACUCAGUGCUAAGCUGACCAUGGACAUUGGUGCCGAGCAGGACCAGCUCACCGCCUCCUCCCUCCCCAGCAUCAACACCCUGGUGGGCAGCGGCUAUGUGGGCGAGUUUGACACCUACUCCUGCCAGAUCACCACCUCCACCGCCCCCUCCGGCCACUCAGCCGGCAGCACCUCCAGCCCUCAGGCUCAGCACUCAGCCUUUAAACUGGACGACAUCCAGGUAUAUAGCUGCUACCCGGGCUCCUUCGCCCUCAGCUACCUCGACGAGACGUUGUCCUCCUGUGGCUCCGAUUAUUAUGGCAGCCCUGCAUCAGCCGCCCCCUCCCCACCCACCCCGGGCUUCCAGAGCCAGCCUGGCCCAGUCUGGGACUCACCCUUCAGCCCCUACUCCCCAGACCCUGGGUGCUGGGUGACCGAUAAGUCAAGCCUGGCUCAGCAACCCUCCUUCUUCACCUUCAUCCCCACCACAGAGCAGCACUCCCCCCUGGGGCAGCACCAGGGCCCCCAACAGGGUGAGGAGGACCCUUUUUUUCAGCCCUCCCAGAGGCAUGCCUCCCAGCUCCAUUAUGCCCCCUUGUCCCUAGACCAGAGGUCCAUGGACAGCCCCGGGCUCAUGGAAAGGCACAUGUUGUCCCCUAAGACCGGCAGCCCCGGUGCCAACGAGGGUCGCUGUGCAGUGUGUGGGGACAAUGCCUCCUGUCAGCACUACGGGGUCCGCACCUGUGAGGGCUGCAAGGGCUUCUUUAAGCGAACUGUACAGAAGAAUGCUAAAUAUGUGUGCCUAGCCAACAAAGACUGUCCAGUAGACAAGCGGCGAAGGAACCGCUGCCAAUUCUGCCGUUUCCAGAAGUGCCUGGGGGUGGGAAUGGUGAAGGAAGUCGUCCGCACAGACAGCCUGAAAGGUCGCAGGGGUCGUCUGCCCUCUAAAUCCAAGACAGUGCAAGAGUCAGUGUCCACCACCCCACCCGUCAACAUCAUCGCCUCUCUUGUCAGGGCUCACAUAGACUCCAACCCCGCCAUCGGAAAGCUGGACUACUCCAAGUACCAGGAGACGGUGGCCAGCCUAUCAGAGAAAGAGGAUGCCAAUGACAUCCAGCAGUUCUACGACCUGCUGACAGGCACCAUGGAUGUGAUUCGGAAAUGGGCCGAGACCAUCCCAGAAUUCGUCGCCUUCUGCCCAGAAGACCAGGAGCUGCUCUUGGAAUCUGCUUUCGUGGAACUCUUUAUUCUCCGGCUAGCAUACAGGUCUAGUCCUGAGAAGGACAAGCUGAUCUUCUGCAACGGCGUGGUACUUCACCGUAUGCAGUGUGUGCGAGGCUUUGGCGACUGGAUCGACUCCAUCAUGGACUUCUCCCAGAGCCUCCACCGCAUGAACUUGGACGUGUCCUCAUUCGCCUGCCUUGCAGCACUGGUCAUCAUCACAGAUCGCCAUGGCCUUAAAGAGCCCAAACGGGUGGAGGAGUUCCAGAACUGCCUCAUCACCUGUCUGAGGGACCAUGUGACCAGCAGUGGCUCCGAUGCGGGGAGGCCCCAGCCCAACUUCCUGUCCCGACUACUGGGGAAGCUCCCUGAGCUGCGCACCCUCUGCACCCAGGGCCUGCAGCGCAUCUUCUACCUGAAGCUGGAGGACCUGGUUCCCCCACCGCCCAUCGUAGACAAAAUCUUCAUGGAUACCUUACCUUUCUGAAAGGACAGAUAAAAAGAUGAAGAGGAGUGAUUAAGUGUUGAUGUGAGGGGACACAAAUACGAUAAAUCUGAGGAGGUGAAUAGGGGGCCGUUGUCCGAGUCCAUUACAUUUGGGACUUCUGAGUGUUGAAUAUGGAUAGGAGGCACCCCCCCUCUCCACUGAAGUGGCGUGGACUUGCCCCUUUCCAGUGCACUGACUUAAUGACAAGUGUCUGAUUCUGCCUGUAUUUUUCUCACGUUUCGUUUUAAAAACAAAGACCUGUGGGUGGCAGAAUUGGAUGUCUAUUUUCCUAUCUGUGGAAUUCUCAUGGACAUCAUCCAACAAGAGAGAAGAAGACACGAGUGGACAUUUCAAGUUUUUGGUCUCUUUUGUAAGUGUGAGUUUGUGGAGUGGCUUUAUCGCUAUGCAAAAUGUUUACGUUUGUUUCUUUGUGGGUUGCAAAAUAUUGGGAGACAGUUGGUGUGAAUGUACAGCUCUGAGGGAAAUAAACUGCAUAUGUUCACACCUGAACACCCACUUAAACCCAAGUUCUCAAAAGUCCUAUGGAGUCUUCAUAUCCCAAUAGAUUUAAUUUAGCAGGUGUUCAAAGUUGACGCGUCGGGAGACAAACAGAGUCAAACACUGGGGUCUCCAGUUCACAAGCCUUUCUUAACGACAACUGUUAGGUCCUACAUUUCAAAAGUGAAUAUUUCAUUAAAACUGUUAUAAUAGCCAUUUGUAGUCCUGAUACCACACCUUGACAAGGUAUUGGACCAAAGGGAAAUGUUCCAUCUGUCUCUCUGUGGUGAUAGCUAGCUAUUGUUGUGACAUUUACAGCUCAUCAACCCUAAAGCCUUAAUGUAUCUAAAAAGGUGCCACCAUUUUUACUCACACCACACUGCAACAUUUCUUGUGGGUUUUAAUGGCAGGAGAAUCAUAUUACUGAAACAAAACAAUUAUUUUCCUUAACUCUAAUGUUAUUUUAAUUUUAUUUUGCCUUUAUUUAACGAGGCAAGUCAGUUAAGAACAAAUUCUUAUUUUCAAUGACGGCCUAGAAACAGUGGGUUAACUGCCUGUUCAGGGGCAGAAUGACAGAUUUGUACCUAGCCAUAGCCAUGAGUCCUUAAAAAGAGAAACAUGCCAGCAGAUUUAAUGUUUGAAAAGUGCCUUUAAAAAAAGUUUCAAAUCAUUAAAUACUGACGAACUCCUGCGUAUUUAGGUUUUCAUUCCAACCAUCUCACUGCUAUAAAGUCUGUAAAUCUAAAACAUUCAAACAGACUUGGUGAAGUACGAUUGACUGAAAUGAAAAUGUGCAUACCAAGAGAUACUUGAAAACAGAGGUUAGGAAUCCCAUGCUUUGGAAUAGCCUAAUAGUCCAGGGAUAAAAAUCAUAAAUACAUUUAUUUUUAUGAAUGAAUGAUUAUAGCAUAGUAUAAUUUCACAGUAUAGCUGUAACAUGGAUCCACUCAAACAUGUGACUCUAUAGCUUUCUAUCCUUAACUAUGUGUGUAUAUAAACCUCUGCUACUGCAAAUGUUGCCUUACACACGCUCCUUCAGGAGGAGUGUGUACAGUUUUAUUAUAUGUUGUUUUUAUUUUGUUCUUGAAAUGAACUUCAAGUGAUUUCUUAAGUCAUUACAUGGUGAAAUGUGACAAAACCACGAGCAGCUAAGAGCACUUCAGCGUUCUAACACAGUAUACAGAUGUAUAAAAAUGUUUCCUGCUUCUUUUUCUGUGUGUAUACUUAUAACAUAAAUACUUUAUAUUUGUGAGUUUUCGUAAUGUGGUAGAUAUAUAUAUAUAUAUAUAUAUAUAUAUACACACACACACAGAGGAAGAAAACGUUUAAUAUUACAUUUAAUAUUAAAAUACAAUUUCAAAAUACAACAUUUGUUGCCAUUUUUCUUAAAUGUCAUAUUAUUUCACAGACAUCAUUUUUACUACACACAUCAUCAUAAAAGUAACACCAGAUUAUGAGUUAUCUGGUAUCUCCAAAGAAAUACGUGGUUUCACUGCUUAAGAUAAUGAUAAAACCACAGGCAGCCCGGUGGUACCUUAACUGGUGAGGACGGGCUCAACAAUAAAUGGAAUGGUAACGAACACAUCAAACACAUUUCAACCAUUAUUAUGAGCUGUCCUCUCCUCAGCAGCCUCCUGUGGAUAAAACUCUUUCCUCUAGUUUAGAGGCUGUCUGCAGCCGAAGUUGUACACCAUUGGUUUGAUUUUCAUGACAUCAUAACCGGGAGCCGUUCCUUCCUUUCAGUAAAACCACUUGCUUAGUUUCUAGAUAAGUUUGAUAGAAAGGGAACUGUCAUGCUCUGUGCCACACAGGGGCACAUGACGUCAUAACUGUGUGGGUGUCUGUAUCUUUUCCAUAGUGUUGUCUAGGCAUAUUAUAUGAUGUACUCAAAGUAGCUGAUACUAACACCUUACAAUAUGAAUUUUGGUUGUUCCCCUUUGAGUUUCUUUGUUAUUGGGCUGUAUAAACCACACAAUGUAUUACUGUACAUAGUAUGGCAGAGCUAUUCUGUAGUAUCCCAUAUGGGAAAAUAAUAUAAUUAAAUAGAUUGGGAAAAUCUAAUAUAUAUGGAAAAAAAUAUAUGUACAUAUAUUUGUAAAAUAUAUGCAUAAAAUACACACACUCCUCACAACCUUCCCUAAUGAUAAUGUUGAGUCUCUAUUGACCUAUGGUACCUGAGCAUUGGGUUCUGGAAAUUGUGUUUUACAUGCAAAAGAUGGAUCAUUGAGUUGUAGUUAAAAAUGUAUUAUACAGUUACUGAGGUAUGGCCUACCUGCCACUUAUGAAACAGUACAAAUAAAUUAGGUGUUUAAAAGACACUUGGAAUCUAUAACAUAUAUUUGUAUAUAUUUUUUCCGGGCUGUCAGUCAAAAUUUGAAAUGUUCCCGAGCCCUGCCUUUAACUGACAGAGCAGCAAUUGCAAUUUAGAAUUUUCUUCAGA